GAAGAGUGGGAGCGUGCGAACGGAAGUCGAAGAGGGUGCCGAUUGAAAGCAAGGCCGAUGCUGAGGACGUUGCAGAGUAGAAGUACGAGUCUGAUAGUGGCGUUGUAUAUCGUGUAGAGAUUUUAUAUAAUUUUUACAUCAAAUUUUCCACUCGUACCAGUGCGUCCGUUUAAAUUUGAAAAUUGAAGAUGAUGAAAUUUAAGCAACAGGGCCUGGUCGCUGACCUGAUGCCCAAUAUUCGUCACAUGCAAUUCAGCGGACAUUUUAUGUUCAAUUAUUACAAUGAUACCGGUGGUUCCACGAAGCUCUUUCACACGAUUUAUUGUUCCAUUCACUUGUUCCUGAUUCUAUUGCAAUUUGGAUUAUGCUGUGUCAAUCUGACCCUGGAAAGGGCUGACGUGGAUGACCUUACCGCUAACACGAUCACUGUCCUCUUCUUCGCUCACAGUAUUAUUAAAUUAGCUUACUUUGCCGUACGGAGCAAGCUCUUCUAUCGCACCCUCGGCAUCUGGAACAAUCCAAACAGUCAUCCUCUCUUUGCUGAGAGCAAUGCACGUUAUCAUGCGAUCGCAUUGACGAAGAUGAGACGAUUGCUUGCCGCUGUGGGUGCAGCGACGAUUCUGACAGUUUGCGCCUGGACCGGGAUCACCUUCGUUGGGGAUUCCGUGAAGAAGGUUACCGAUCCUGUGACUAAUGAAACGAUGACGGUGGAGAUACCAAGACUGAUGCUUCGCUCUUGGUAUCCAUACGAUGCAAGUCACGGGAUGGCCCACGUCCUAACGCUGAUCUAUCAAUUCUACUUUCUCCUAAUCACUACGAUGGACGCCAAUUCUCUUGAUGUCCUCUUUUGUUCCUGGCUGCUAUUUGCCUGCGAGCAAUUGCAACAUCUUAAGCAGAUUAUGAAACCCCUUAUGGAACUGAGUGCUACCCUUGAUACAGUGGUGCCACAUACUAACGAGCUCUUUAAGGCUGGUAGUACCGAUCAUCUGAGGGACACGCAAGGUACUCAACCGAUGGCACCACCUCCUAAUGAAAACAUGCUUGAUAUGGAUCUCAGAGGAAUUUACAGUAACAGACAGGAUUUUACUGCCACCUUUAGGACAGCUGCUGGGAUGAAUUUCAAUGGUGGGGUUGGUCCUAAUGGGCUGACAAAGAAGCAGGAGAUGUUAGUUAGAAGUGCCAUUAAAUAUUGGGUUGAGAGACACAAGCACAUCGUCAGAUUAGUCACCGCUAUUGGUGACGCUUACGGAGUUGCCCUUCUUUUCCAUAUGUUGAUAACAACCGUAUCUUUGACUCUGUUGGCAUAUCAAGCGACAAAGGUGAACACCGUUGACGUGUACGCUGCUACUGUGAUCGGUUAUGUCCUCUACACACUGGGACAAGUCUUUCUCUUCUGCAUAUUUGGAAAUCGUCUAAUCGAGGAGAGCUCAUCCGUCAUGGAAGCUGCAUAUUCCUGUCACUGGUACGACGGUUCCGAGGAAGCCAAAACUUUUGUACAAAUUGUCUGUCAGCAGUGUCAAAAGGCCAUGUCAAUUUCCGGCGCGAAAUUCUUCACCGUUUCUCUUGAUCUCUUCGCUUCCGUGCUGGGAGCUGUGGUUACUUAUUUUAUGGUGCUGGUACAGCUCAAGUAAAUCCCAAUUACUUGAUAGGGCUAUAAAUCAGCACGGAUAUCGACGUAUUCAAAACGAGGGAAUUAACAGAGAUUACAGAGAACAAUGACAGCGUGUUAUCAUUGAACAAUCCGGUGAUGUAAUCGAAUUGUCAAAACCGCAGAUGGGAUAAAAAUACUUGCGGCUAUGGAGGUCGAUUUUUUUAAGCGAGUAAAGGUUUUUUGCAAGGCGGCAUUAAAUAAUUCCUAAAUACAAAACAUAAUUGUUGUAAGUACACUGUAAGUGAUGCGUGGCAUUAGGGGGAAACGUUACGCUGAACUUGUUUAAUUACACUGUUAAUUAAUUUAAGGUUAAGUUAAGCUGCGUAUUUAUCGUCAAUGACGCACUAUAUGGUCAAUCGUUUAAAGUAUCAUAUGCGAAACAUACAUGAAACAUAAGGUUAGCUAAAGUUUUUAUCAUUAUCAGAAAGAACAUAAGCGUUUCUUAAGAAUUUAAUAGCCUCUCGGUUCAUUAACUAUACAUAUAUAAAUUAAAUUAUAUUAUGUGGAUCCGUAUUUAUUAUCUAACGUGUAAAUAUACAUAACAGAUACCAUUAAACAAUACGACAUGAGAAAUAACUAUUUCACUAUAAAUCAAUAUUAAUGUCUUUCGUCACAUAAAAUUGUUAAUUUUUUCCAAAAGCAUGACAUUCCUACAGAUGCAUUAUUACUUAUUAUUAUUAUUAUUAGCAGCUAACAAUUAGCUGAAAAUGUUAAAUUUCUUUUAGUACUAUACCAUAUUUUUUUUUCGACACACAUAAUCGAACUAAAGCGCGUUUAUAUCAAUUAAAUUUUAAUCUAGCCAUCCGAUCGGACGUGUAAUUAUUAGAGAAUUAAAAUCUCAUAAUAUAAAUGUUGCUGUAUAUGUCAUAGCAUUUUUUGUCUCUCUGUAAAACUGCUCUAUAUAUUUAUUUAAUAAAAUGUUAUAAACGUAUCAA